AAAAAAAUUUACAGAGAAGUUGAAUUUAAUUAAUUAUUCCAACUCAUAGAUACUCUGUGUUCCUCUGGGGUCCCGGAGAUCCGCUAUAUAUAGAGGCUCAUAGGGUAUCGGUGUUCGCCGUGGAAGCGAGCCAGAGAGAAAAAGAGAGUGCCCACAAAGUCCCGAGUGAAAGAGGCGGAGAGACCAUGGGAGGCUGGGCUAUAGCAGUGCAUGGCGGUGCUGGUGUGGACCCAAAUCUCCCAAAGGAGCGACAAGAGGAGGCUAAACAACUCCUCACUCGCUGCCUAAAUCUUGGCAUCUCCGCUCUUCAAUCUAACCUCCCUGCUAUUGACGUUGUCGAACUCGUUGUAAGUGAACUGGAAACCGAUCCUAUUUUCAACUCUGGCCGUGGAUCCGCUCUGACGGAGAAAGGAACAGUAGAGAUGGAGGCAAGCAUUAUGGACGGACCAGGGAGGAGAUGCGGCGCCGUUUCGGGUAUCACCACCGUGAAGAACCCUAUUUCUCUCGCCCGGCUCGUGAUGGAAAAGUCUCCCCACUCCUACCUCGCGUUCUCCGGCGCCGAGGAGUUCGCCAGACGGCAGGGUGUUGAGCUGGUUGAUAAUGAAUACUUCAUCACAGAAGAUAACGUGGGGAUGCUUAAGUUGGCAAAGGAGGCCAACUCCAUCCUGUUUGAUUAUCGCAUUCCCACAGUCGGAUUGGGAACAUGCGGAGCCGGGGCUGCAGCCACAGAUAGCCCAUUACAAAUGAACGGUCUACCAAUCAGCGUUUACGCCCCAGAAACGGUUGGGUGCGUGGUGGUUGACCGGGAGGGCAGGUGUGCAGCUGGCACUUCGACAGGUGGACUGAUGAACAAGAUGACCGGUCGCAUCGGUGACUCGCCGCUGAUCGGUGCCGGGACUUACGCGUGCGGAGGUUGCGGGGUGUCGUGCACGGGAGAAGGCGAGGCUAUCAUACGCUCGACUCUGGCACGUGAAGUGGCGGCGGUGAUGGAAUACAAAGGGCUGGGACUGCAGGAAGCCGUGGACUACGUGAUAAAGGAGAGACUGGACGAAGGGAAAGCCGGGCUAAUCGCGGUGUCGUCGAAGGGAGAAGUGGCUUGUGGGUUUAACUGCACCGGCAUGUUUCGGGGCUGCGCCACCGAAGAUGGGUUCAUGGAGGUCGCCAUUUGGGAGUAGUAGAUGUAGUCAGUAAAAGUUUCAGAUAGAUUUCUUUUAUAAUUAAUUUGUAGUAAGGUUAAGCAGAUCGUUAUUUGCAGUAGGGUUGGUAACUUUGAAGGUUUCUCUGUACUGUGCGCUCAAAAUUGGUUGCAGCCUCUUGUCGAGAACGGUUAUCAAUAAAUGAAUCUUUUUAAAGUUGAGAA